AUGCCAACAAGACAACUCAAAUCACAAGCCGAUCUUGAUUUUUCUCUGAGUGAGAGUGGAGUAAUGGGAUAUACAGUGGUAUAUAUUUAUGACGACAGUUCACCGACUCAUUCACAAUUAAAACCUGCAUUCGAACUGAUCAGUAGGGAAUGUCCUUUCUCUCACUUUUUUACGAUUUCAUACGAGGAUUGUGAAGGAGAGGGAAUACUCGAAAAGUAUAAUAUAAAUACAUUUCCAUAUUUUCUAGUAUUUAAAGGCCAGAAUUUAAUUGCACAAUUUGAAUCCGAAACAGCAAAUAAUCUUUCGAAACAAUUGAGAAAGUUAAAUGUUGCCCCUCCCUUACAAACAGAAUAA